AUGAGGUGGACCGCUCGCCGAAGUGCAAGAGCUGCUACAAGGAAGACGGCGUUAAACCAGCUCCCAAGAGCUCUACGACACCGGUACCCUGUCAAAAGUGCAAGAAAGAUAUACCGGCUGGGGCUACGUUCUUCGAAGUGGACCAUGCACCAAAAUGCAAGGACUGCUGCACAAACGAUGGCACCAGGACAGCUCCAAAGACUUCGUCAAGACCGGUACCUUGUCAAAAGUGCAAGACAGAAAUACCUGCAGGGACGCCGUUCUAUGAAGUGGAUCACGCACCAAAGUGCAAGCGCUGCUGCG